AUGGCAAGACAUCACCAUCUUCACGAACAUCAUCACGACGCUGAUCAACCGGACACUCUAACGAUCAGAGGCCGUCCUCGACAUUCAGACGAUGAUACCCCCGAAACAGAAGAUGAACCGCGCACUGAAGAGACUGUAGUCAAUGUCGUGGACGAGCUGCCACGAAGCGGUUUGGUCAUCUUCGAUGACUGCGUCAGUCUCAUUCGCGUCGACAACCUCUCCGAAAGAGCACUUAAUCGAUGGCGUGAAGAAGAACAGCAACACCAACAAAACCCCCAAGAAACCCAACCUCAGAGCCAAAUCCCACCAUCAAUCUACGACGGCUCAGCCCCCAUCCUCUCCAGUCCCCGCCUAACCCAAAUCUCCCGCGCCUGCAUCAUCGCCUCAAACGGGUUCUACGUCUAUGCGCACCAAGCGCAACAACAGAACAUCGCGGUCCCCGGCCCUGUCAGGGCAGAAAGCGACGCUCCAACACGCCCCGAAGCUUCCAGUCAGAGCAUAGUUGCGCAGAAUGAGAGUCAGACUCCCCGAAAUGAUGCGCCUCUUCAAAGUGAAGCCACUCAACAUGGCAAUCCCCAACGCGACACGAGCCAGGGCGACCACGAUCUCCAAGACUUCCGUCCCAUUGUGCAGAAUUACAAUCUUCUACGCAUUCUUCCAGUCAUCGAGAUCUCAAACGAUCCCACACUCUUCAUCCAGAACCCUCGCAAAGAUGGCCCUCAGAGUGACAUCUGUGCUCGCGUACCUGGAAUGUUCAACCACUGGGCUGCACAUGUCAGCUGCUAUGACAGUUUCUACGAUCUCUGGGACUUGGUAGUCAUGCACUCAGGCGAGGAGGAGCCGGAGGUUCAUCUGUACCUUGCAAACUUUGGUGCAAGCUACACGUACAACAGGGACUUGGUGGCUCAAGAGCUGGUCCUGGAUGAGCCUGCCAGCAUCAUCGCGUGGACAAAUGACCCGUCUCCGGAUAUUGACUUUUCUCAAGUGACGAUUUUUAAGAUGACCACGGUCUCUACGACACCGCUUCUUCCUUAUCUUCAGCAUAUUCUGGGCCAAAAGGGUUCGAAGUGGCUGGUCUGA